CUGAGCAGGAGCCGGUCACUGCGCGCAAGAGCAGAGGAGAGAGCAGGGACAUAACAAAGCAAGAAAUAUCUGCAAACACUGGAAACCUGGAUUACAUCUGUGUCGCUUUUUUUCUCAGGCUCUGAGCUCUGCUUUUCCCCGUUUCGCCCUGUUGCGCUGCAGGAUUUCAUUGCUGCAGAAGGAAGAGAUCUCCUCCUUUUGUGUUGCUCUGCAGUUGUUUUUCUCCCCCCACUCACACACACACCACACUUCCAACUUCUCGUUUUCCACCUUCCCUCGUGCUGUGCAUGUGCCAAAAGGGGAUGAAUGACAAAAACAAAGGAGGUUGAUGUCCACAGCAACCCUCCGACUCAGCGCGCCUUCGCCUCGCCCAGAGACCGGAGACUCCAUCACCAUCUCCGGCAGAAGAUGGACAGCGGCGGCGGGACGGAGGGCUCGCAGCAGCCGCCCCCCGCUCAGCCUCCUCCCGGGGAAAAAAAGAAGAUCAACCGGGCCCCUUCCCCGGCCAGACCCAAGGAUGUGCCCGGGUGGUCCCUCACUAAGAUCCGGGGGGGAAUCGGCGCCCCGGCGCUGAGCGUAAAGCCCGGCUCCAUCCACCUGGGCGGCCGCAUGUCCCGGCGCAGCCCCGCGGGGAGCCCUGGUACCAAACCCGGGGGGAAGAGCUCCGUCCCCAGGACCUCCGCUGCAGCCAAGGCGGGGAAAACCCCUGCAGGGCGCAGGAAGGUGUCGGACGCAAGCAUCGGAUCCGAUGAUGUGUCCAGGGACUCCGGCUGCGCGCCGGGGAAGCUCUCCCCGACCGACAGCAGCUCCGAGCUGUCGGACUGCGCGUCCGAGGAGAACAAGCUCUCCACGGACGCCGUGAGCAGCGACGCCGAGUCCAGGAGCAGCCGCGGCGGCGGGGCCGAGGCGGACAAGCCGCUCGGGAAGAGCAGCGGCUGCUGCGGCUCCUCCUCCGGCAAGGACCGGCUCGCCCCAGGAGCAGAGCCCGGGGAAGGGAGCCUGUCCCCCGGCGACGAGCGCUCCGCCACCUCGGUGGACAGCCGGGUGCCCGCCAGCACUUCCCUGGCUUUCUCAGACCUCACCGAGGAGUUCAUGGACAGCAUGCACGAAGAGUUUGUCAGGGAGAUAGAAGAGCUGAGAUCUGAGAAUGAUUACCUCAAAGAUGAGAUGGAGGAGCUGAGGUCUGAGAUGCUGGAGAUGAGGGAUAUGUACAUGGAGGACGAUGUUUACCAGCUGCAGGAACUGCGACAACAGCUGGAGCAGGCAAACAAGACCUGCCGCAUCCUGCAGUACCGGCUGAGGAAAGCAGAGCGGCGCUCCAUCCGAGUGGCCCAGACGGGGCAGGUGGAUGGAGAACUGAUACGCACCCUGGAGCAAGACGUAAAGGUGGCGAAAGACGUUUCAACCCGUCUCCACAGCCAACUGGACAGCGUGGAGAAGAAGAGGAGCCGCCUGGAGCAGGAGAACGAGGAGCUGAGAGUCCGGCUGCAGGAGCUGGAGGUCGCCAGGCAGGUCCUGCAGCAGGAGAUUGACAAGAACUCCCAGAAGAAAAGAGGGGCGCGACCCAACAACAAACCUGACAAGAAGCCUGCUCCACAGGAGGACAGCUCAGACCUCAAGUGUCAGCUCCACUUUGCCAAAGAGGAAUCGGCUCUGAUGUGCAAGAAGCUGACGAAGCUGGUGAAGGACAGCGAGGCCAUGAAGGAGGAGCUGGCCAAGUACAGGUCGCUGUACGGAGACGUAAACGUCUCGCUUACCGUGGAGGAGGUCGCCGACUCCCCUCACACCCGUGAGGCCGAGAUCAGGGUCCACCUGAAGCUGGUGGAGGAGGAAGCCAACCUGCUGAGUCGACGCAUUGUGGAGCUGGAGGUGGAGAACAGGGGCCUCCGGGCCGAGAUGGAGGACAUGAAGGGGCCGCAAGACGGUCUUCAGGAUCUCUCUGGUGUUGGGGGUGGUUUGGGGGCGGGACUGGGUCUCACCGGAGGGGCCAUGGUACUUGGCGGAGGGGCCUCUUCUGAGAACGUCAUGGAGCUCCAGAGACACCUCCAGUUUGUGGAGGAAGAGGCCGAACUACUGCGAAGGUCCCUAAUCGAGAUGGAGGAACAGAACAAGCUCCUGAUGAACGAGAUAAACCGCUACAAGUCCGAACUCCCGCCGCCGACGUCCAUGGUGUCCAACAAUUCUCUAAUGUCGCUUACGGACGGGCUGCUCAACGACAGCCCCAUGCACUCCAUCCAGGAAGGGGCGGUCCUUAUCAGCACUGACACCCCGGCCCAUGAGGAGGAGAUCCGCUUGGCGAGGCUUCAGAUCGGAGAGCUGGGCGGGAAAGUGAAGAAGCUGCAGUACGAGAACCGCGUGCUUCUGUCCAACCUGCAGCGCUGUGAUCUGGCCUCCUACCAUGCUCCUUCCUCUUCAUCCUCAUCCUCGUUAAGACUGGCUCUGGAGACGGAUGCCGAAGCCGGAGACUCAGCAGAGUGCCUCCCAUCAAGCCCGCCCCAUCGCAAAGAGCCAGUAGGGGGAGAAAACGACGCCUUGGAGAUGGAUGAGGAGAAAAAGAGGAUGGAGGACAUCGCUGACACAGCUGCUUCCCUCGCUGGCUGCCUGGAGCAGAAGGACCAUGAUGCCUUGUUGGCCAUGAGGGACCAGGCUCGCCUGGUUUCCACAGCGAUACAGCUACUGACCUCGCCCGAGUCCAACUGCCUCUCCUCCUCCCCUUCAAUUUAUCACAAGGUCUGCAGCAAUGAGGCGGCAGAGCCGUGUGAACUCGAGAAACCUCAACCUCACAGCCAGAUUUCCGAGCUGUCUGACCUCUCAGAUCGUCCUCUGGUCGGUGCUCUGACCAGCAGACUUCAGGCCCUGCACAACCAGCUUCAGGCCUUCGUGGAGCAGGUAGACGGCCUCGGUAAACCCCCACCGGCUGGAAGGGAUGCCCAGGUCGCAGAGGCGUCUCCUCCAGCCUCCCCCUGCAUCUCCGGCACGAGUCAGGAUCAAGAUAACAGAGCCCAAGCCGAAGAAAAGCAGCCUGAUUAUAGGAACCAAUCAGAGAUGGAGGUGAAAGAUGAAACUGACGAGAACAACGAGCAGCGAAAUCAGGAGACCAAUCAGUUGGAGGACAAAGAGAAGGAGGAGGAUUAUGCAAUGCACAUCCAGUCCAGUGACCUCCGGGCCCAGCUGUGCGAAGCCGAGCAGUCGGUUCGGGCGACGCAGGAGGAGCUGGAGAAGGAGAAGCAGGACCAAAGAGAUUUGGUUCUCAAACUCUCACAGCUCCAGGACGACUACCAAAAGUCCCUUGUUCGCCGGGACUUCCAGCUGCAGAGUCUGGGGCUCCAGGCUCGGCUUCAGCAGAAGGUUUGGAGCCAGGAGAGGACCCUGCUGGUCCAAGAGUCCCAGCACCUGAAGCAGGCGCUGCUGCUGCUCAGUCUCAGGCUCCGCUGCUUCCUCAAACAAUGGAGGCUGGGCUGCCAGAAGGACACGGAGUGGAAAGAUGUGUUGGAGAUAAACAGCCUGAAGGACUUGUACCUCCUGUUGGAGGAGGAGAAUCUGCAGAGCCCCGUCCACUCCAUGGACAAGAAGGAUUCAGCAGACGAACAGCCACUCAGCCCCGCUAUAAAGUCGAGUGCUGUUAGCAGCACUUUGGCAGACCUGAGGGUCGCUCUGCAGGACCUGAGUGGAGAGCUGCGACAAGAGAGACAAGGCUCUCAGGAACUCACUCAGCAGUUUGCAAAAGCCAAGGCAUCAUGGGAAGUGGAGAGGACCGAACUAAAGGGCCUCAUCACUCAGCUUGAGGUCAAAGCGGGUAAAGCAGCAACGGCCCCGCCCUCCACUGAGACCCAGGACCCCCCUGACCUGAAGGUGGCGCUAAAGAGAGAGCGCGAGGGACACCAGCACCUCCUGGCCGAGUCCUACGCUGCAGUUAUGGACCUAACCAAACAGCUCCAGAUCGGAGAGAGAAACUGGGGCAGGGAGAAGCUGGAGCUGCUGGAGAGGUUCAGCCAGGAGAGAGCUCAGUGGGAGCAGAGGCUGAGAGAGGCCACCGCCCUGCAGGCCAAGUCAAAACAAGAGGAUGAAUCCGCGACGGACGCAGCAGUUUCAAAUGGAACAGGAUCAAAGAGGAUCCAGUCCCCGUUGGAGCUGGACGGCCCAGAGGUCAAUGGAACGGCCGAUCAGGAGGAGAAAACCCAGUUUGCUGUGUCCCGCCUUUUUACUCCCCCAGAGCUGGGUGACAGUUCCAGAAAGAACUGGACCUACUUGACCAAUGAGACCCCAGAGGUCACGGACACUUGUAAAACCUGGGACGGACCCAGUGGCUCCUGCGGCAGCUCAGUGGGAUCUCAGCCGGAUCUGGAGUUGGUGCAGAGGAGCUGCACUGCUCCAGACCGCACCGGCAUCCGGAUCUACUACAGCCCUCCCACCAUGAGACGCAUGGAGCACCAGAGAAGGACCCUGGAGUUCAUGAAUGGGAACGGGAUCUCCUGCCUGGGACAGAACCACGCAGACGGAGGCGGGGCGUCGGGGGAUGCCCUGAACCAUCACCGACCUGCAUCCUCCCUCUCUUGUUCUUAUGAGCAGUGGCUGAGCUCGCUGUCCCAGCAGCACAGAGAGCUGCUGGAGAGCAGGAACAGCUGCAUCUCCAGCUCCAUGCCGAGCGUCGUCAGCGCCAGCGUGAGCAACGGGGCAGCUAGCAGAAUGGUCGACGGGAUGCCGUCCUCCUCCGCUUUCCACAAUCUGGAGAUCGGCGAUAUCGCAGCUAACCUAAGUGACGACAUGAAGGAGAUGACCAACUGUGUUCGCCAGGCCAUUCGCUCUUCAUCUCUGGAGAGGAAAUCCAGCAAGGAUCCCGGGAGCCAGCUGGUCAGCGUUUGCAGCAGGUCCACCCAGACUGCAGCUCAGAACGUCAGCGUCGGCCUCCAGACAGAAAACGUCCCCGGCAGCGGCAGGGGAACGGGACUUCACGCCAAAUCCUGGUCUCCUCGUGCGUCACCGACAAGCACGUCCUCUCUGGCGUCGGCCAGAACUCGGCAGAUCUCGACGUCGCUAGACAAAGUGCACAGCCGCAUCGACAGACCGUGCUGCUCGCCCAAGUAUGGAUCGCCAAAGCUGCAGCGCAGAGUGUCUUCGGGCUCCACCUCCAGACUGGACGGGUCGUCUUCCAGCCGGGACCGCAGCCUGUGGAGCCUCCACCAGCGACCCAUCGGUGGAGGAGGAGGGGGGUCAGCGUGGGCUCGCUCCACCACCACCAGGGACAGCCCCGUCCUGAACGGGCUCAACGACGGCCUUUCCAGCCUCUUUAGUGUGGUGGAGCACUCCGGGAGCACAGAAUCCCUCUGGAGGGGGGAAAUAGGAACCAACCCGACUGCCAGCCCAGCUCGACAUGCCCCUCCUGCAGGAAAACCCUCCGGGCCAGCUGCUGCUGGCCCUGAGCCCAGCCCUCAGCGGUACGGAGGUCUGGUCCAGGAGUUUAUCAGGAAUGUGUGCAGCGCCCGCCCCCCAGCGGGAGCCCCCCUCCCCGGGGAGCGAGCGCAAAGAGAUUCCCUCAGCGGCCUCGGAGGGCUGGCUGUCACGGGGGGCUUCGGCACCCUGGAUGAGCAAAAGCUGGAUUGCGUGGCAGUUUCCGUCGGAGGCCUCAGCCCUCUGGCUGGUUUGGGUGGAGCCAAUGACAGCGUGACCAGGAUUGUUAAUAAGAGGUUCAUGAGGCAGACUGCCGGGGAGGAGAUGGUCAGCAUCAUGGGAGGAGGGAAGGAAACAGUGAGCAAUGCCGUGGCUGCGGGACCGGGGGUCGAGGAUUCCCCCUGUGACUGCGCCGGCCAGUCCUCCUGCUUCACGCGGCCGUCAAGAGCCGCUGCUCGCCACUGCAAACACCGCCCACAAGACUCUCCGGCGGCAACAGAGGAGAAAGGCGACGCCUGCAACGAGUGAUGGCGGCAACAAUGAAGACCCGCGCGUGAAGCAACGCAUUCUCACAAAUGUUACCACAUGUACAUGCACACAGACGACCUGCCACAUCAGCGCACUGCCAACCCCGACAUCCACCGAAGACACACUGCACAGACUUCCUCACAAACCUACUGCCACCUGCACGCACUCACCCACGCAGACACGCGCAGACCCAUGGCAAGGCUACACCUGCCGAGGACGCCAAGGACAGAUCAAACCGGGACAAAUCCACCAGCAGGACACACGUUUACACUCCUCACUAAGCAAAGACCGCCCUGAACCGAGUGUAACAGAUAAAACACUGAUGUCAAGACUGGACCUACAAAACAAAACCUCCAACUUGCAGAAUAGAAGGUACUACAAUCAAAAAUUGGAUCAUACAUAUUGAUGUGCAGGCAAAGCGAAGUGAAAGGAUGCCAUCACAGUUUGAUCAUGUAAGACUACAGAGAAGACAUCCGUUACAACUGGAAAGAUCCUUCACUUUGUCUCAGCGGCUCUGAAACAAUCGGUCCGCUCGAUGUCAGCUGAUGGAGGGCGCCGCUGAUUUCUACAGACGGGUUUUGCAGAGACGGAGUCUCUCUGAACCCUUUUGUGUGCUGGGAGAUCACGCCACCUGGGCUCAUCAGCACAAAUACAUUCCUUCAAGUGUCUCCUACGUGGAUCUGGAAUUCGACAUCUCGAUUAGGCUUUAAAGGACUCGUUUCCGCCGUGUCUUAAAAGGAAGUCUUUAGCAUGACCGGACACGGACUCGACAAAGGAUGUUUGUGACAUAACAGCUCCGCAAAUGAGACCACAAAACGGAUCUCAAGAGAGAAUCUCCUAUUAACGUUAUUUAUUAGCAAACCUGAGCAGCAGGGAGCUCUUCAGGCUUGUUUGGAGGGACGAGUUCACUCUGCUCGCAGAACGAUUUUGACCACAACUACAGGAAAGAUUUAAACCGUGUUUAUGAAAUCAAAAAAAAAAAUAAUCGUCAGUAUAUUGUUCAGAAUAAUUUGGAAAUUUGUAUUUUGGUUGGAAUUUAUUUGAGUUAAGAUGGAUAUUUAGCUCCCCUUAGUUAAGAUUGAUUCUUAAACUUUUGAGCGACAACACACCAUGCUGUGACCGGCUCACGUCAAACUGGUCAAACUGGGAGCCCUCCUGCUGACUUCAUGGGUCUUUGUAUAGAAGUGCACCAAGAAUAAUGUUAUUUACUUUAUUUCCUUUUCUUAUUUUUUUCUUUUAUAUUCACCAACUACUUGGAAAACAGGCUAUAAGAGCAAAACCAACACAUGAAAUGCAUUCCAUUUUUUAUUUAAGUACAUCUAAUCCAUCUUUUUAAUAUGAUAUGCACAGUUGAAAACAGUUUGUCUACUAUAUUAAAAAAAAACAACCUGACAAUAGCCGACCCUGUUUGAUUCAGUUAUGAACAGCCGGCCGAAGGGUCACACAGUCUGAAUAUCUCAACUCUGAUCAUUCCUUUGAUGAGAGGAAACGUCUCGGCCCAGUGCGUGCAUACUGUAGGUUUGGUUUUCAGUUGCAUCACUGCAUCAUUCCCUGGUCUGAUGAUGGGAACAGUUCUGAAACACUCUCCUGUUACUUCCACCAUCCGCCCCGUCGCUUCUUUUACACAUUUCUGUCUCUGUUUUAGUUACUACUGUGCGAUCCCUAUGUGCAUUUUGAAAACAUGGUCUUACUAACAUUUAACCUUUAAAUUGAAGGCUUAAGAGCUUAUAGUCUGUAUACAGACGGUUUAUUUAAACAGAAUGAAAGUUGCACUGAAAGUUUGUACUUAUUACCAGAAGGAUUUUUGUUUUUUAAAUGACCUAAUUUAAGAUAUAUUUAAACUUCAUCAAGUCGACUUACUAUAUUAAUAAGUGUACUGUAUAUCCGAUUUUUUUCAUUUUAUUUCAAAGUGCAGCUCCAAAAUGACAAAAUCACUUUCAGUUUGCGCGUCUAAGAUGUUUUAUGGGACUCUGAGGUCUUUUUAGUGAAU